AAAUUUGCCCCAAACUCAAAGGAACCUUUAGCCGGCGUCGUUUCACCUCAAUUUGAAGUUGAAGUGCAAAGCGAGGGAGGGAGGAGAUCUAGGAGUGGAAGAUGGAUCGAGGAAAGAUCGAAGAAGUUAUCGAGAAGCAAGUCCUGACGGUUGCGCAGGCCGUCGAGGACAAGAUCGACGAAGAGAUCGCCGCCCUCGAACGCCUCGACGAUGACGAUCUUGAAGCCCUCAGGGAACGCAGACUGCAACAAAUGAAGAAAAUGUCUGAGAAGCGUAGCCGUUGGAUCUCCCUCGGACACGGCGAAUACACCGAGAUUCCUUCCGAGAAAGAGUUCUUCUCCGUCGUCAAGGCCAGCGAACGCGUCGUCUGUCACUUCUUCCGCGAAAAUUGGCCCUGCAAGGUUGUGGACAAGCAUUUAAGUUUGUUGGCGAAGCAGCAUAUCGAGACUCGUUUUGUAAAAAUUAAUGCGGAAAAAAGUCCAUUUUUAGCGGAGAGGCUCAAGAUCAUUGUUCUUCCUACUAUUGCCCUCAUAAAGAAUACAAAAGUGGAUGAUUAUGUGGUGGGUUUUGACCAACUCGGUGGUACUGAUGACUUUAGCACCGAGGUUUUGGAAGAAAGAUUGGCUCAAGCCCAAGUCAUCUUUUUGGAGGGUGAAUCAUCAAUGCACCGUGCAAGGUCCACCGCGCAAAACAAAAGAAGUGUUCGGCAGGGCACACAUGCAGACUCCUCAGAUUCUGAGUAACUUGUAUUUUCUGAUGUUGAGUUUUAUUUACGCUGCCCUCCUCCUGAAAAGACAAGAGCCCAGAUCACUGUCUAAAUUUUGUUUCAUCCGAGCUUGCGUGUCUUUCUGAAUUGGGUUUCAAUGGCCACUUGCGUGUCUUGUAAGAUUUUAUAGUAAUUUAUAGAUCUAGGUUUUCUAUCAGACUCCAAGUACUGUUGUUUGGAUCAUCUUUUUCCUGAAAUAUUUUUUUGACAUUAUCCCCUGAUGAUUGUACCAAUGAUAUUAAUCAUUAUAACUAGUAAUAUUAAGAGUUUUGAAAUA